AUGAUGCGAAAUGUCAAGACUUUCAGCUCCGAAGUUGAGCAACUCCGCUCUUUUUUGGACGAAACCGAGGGCACCUAUCCGUUCCUGAAAGAAGAGGAUCCGGUUAUUUUCCAUAGCGCAGACUACGAACGUGAUCUACUGAUGUCGUAUAAUUUGGACUUUGGUGAGUCGUCGCGUUCAGCGACACCCACUUCUUUAGUUGGACCAAAAGUCGAAGUCGAACCAUGUUGGCCAUCACCAUCCGAAUCUGAAGUACAAAAGUCUCCUGCUCCAUCCUAUCGCUAUAAUCCAUACUCAAGUGGACCGUUAGUUAAGGUAAGUAACAUUCUAAAACAUUAUUGGGUUUAAACUCCAGGUAAGAGGUAUAUCAUAAGUGAAACUAUUUAUGAUAUCUGUUUCAGGUAUACCAAUCACCAUGGAUGGCUCUACACCAAGUCACCAACCGCGCGUUACUUUAGGUUUUCGAAAUAGUGUAAUAUGGGUUUGAAAAAUAUUACAGAUAAUGUUUCAGUUUUAAUAGGAUUUAAUCUAUUGAGGUUAAUCAUUAAUGAACACGGUGCUGACAGAAUGGUAAAAUUAUAUCAAAACUUAUUGAGUGUGAGAACAUUUACAGAAGUAGGAACUGUACUAUGAGCAUCGCGCGCCCCCAAUAGCGGAGAAUUUUUAAAAACCAAUUUCAAUUUUUUGUUUCCAGGAACCAACAUCAUCGAAGAGAGGAAGACCAAACAAAGCGACAAGUAACACCAAAAUGGCAACCUAUGCACGAAGUUAUCGAGAGAUGAAGAAGACUGAAUUAUCAGCUGCUCAAAUGAAAGUCACAGAACUUGAGGAAGAGUUGAGAUUGUGUAAAGAAGAGAAAGCUCGCCUGCAUGCCGCUUUAAUCAGAUCGAACGCUGAAGUCACUCAACUUCGAAAAGUCAUCGAUCAAGACUCGCAGAUUGCUACAGUUGUAGCCAGAAUGAGUGACAGAUCAAUGUCUCCAUUUGGUUGUAGCAGUUCAAAGACGAUUGGCGCAGGCGUAUGUGUACAUUAUGGAACUCAAGGAACAACAGUUGAGGUAUGCAAACAAUGUGCAGAUAGCUCCAGCUCUCGACUCCAGUCAAAGAUCAAACUCGAAGAUAUCGAACCAUCAUUAGAACUCUUCAACGGCGAUUUUUCAUCCAUCGAGCAAUUCAUAAACGUCUGA